AUGGGAGACAAUACGUUUGUGUCUCUGUCUGAAUUUGUUCAAGUUCCCACGUCCACAGACGUCUCAAAUGCAUCGUCAACUUUGGAAGACCCACUUGCAUUCACUGAGGAUCUGGGUUCAUCGUAUUUGGCCUCCCUUCCGUACUUCAACGAAUUUCCCUCGAACACAGGUCUGGACACCUCUCCACCUGUAGGUAGAACGACAAACCAAGCGAGGUUUUCAUUCACGGCCAACACGGAGCCUUCAGCAGCGGUUUCCGAUAAUAUCGAUAAUUAUGGACAAGAAAAUGAUGGAGCUAGCAAGAACGAUAGCGGCUUCAGUUCAUGGACUGGUGCAUCAGAUUCACAACAAAAGUUCUCCCCAACACUCAUGAGGCUUGAUUCUGAACCUCGUGCUCUGCAGAACUCUACAGCCUCCGAGACAAACAACCUCGUUGCACGAAACCGGGUGUCACUGAUUCCCGAAACUAACUUCUGCCCUCCCACCACGAAUUCGUUCUCCCAAUUACCAGACUUAAGUGGACUGUCCUGUGUGAACGCUGUAAACGAGGAACUGCACGACCGUAUGUUUGUGCACACUCUCGAUUUUGAACACUUCCCGAAUAUUCCGGUCGGGUUACAUCCUGCGGAUCAGGAUUGUUUGCAAAGGAAUGGUGGAGACUUACCAACCAGCACCAACCACCUCCAUCCUUCCCAUUCAGCUGCUGACCCUAUGGCAGCUGUAACUUGCUGUCCUUACCGAAGACCAGGUUCAGCUCCGGUGUGUGCAAGCCAUGCGAACGGGUUAAGCGAUAAGGAGACGGACUCCGGACACGAUAAUGUCGAUACAGGUCAGGAUGGAGAUGACGAGGGUGAUGUUACUCCAUCAAACCACACCCUUAAACGACCUCCACGUCUCCGACGUCUGCGGCAUCCAAGUCAUCAAUCUACCGGCGCUCCUCCCGAACAUGAAGACUAUCUAUUUACGCGCUCACGGGAACUGGUUUCUAGUCCUACUACUCUCUACCGCCCUCAAAAUUCAUUGCGACUGAGACGUCGGCAUCCACCGGAACUACACCUGCCAACCAGCUCCUCUUGUCCUUUCGACAACCUAGCCAUACAACCUCCUUUAGCCCACAAUGGUGAGAGAACCUUCGAUUCUCCCACACGUGUUUCAGUCUACGAAAGUUUGACAACCCAUUCGCAGAGUUUGAUGCCCGAUGUCGUUCCUCGCCAUUUAUGUCCGUUAGUCAUCCCUCCAGUGGUUAAGCCUGUGUCCAGAGGAACAGAUGGUUGCUUCUUCGGAUUACAUUCUAUUUUUACGUCAUCAUCACGUUUAUCGACCCCUCGAUGCUCUUCUGUUCCACUCCCUGGCUUCACGAAUGAUCUCUACAUCAAUUCCCCGAUCCCUUCGGGCGCGGAUAACUCAGGCGGAGACCGGGUAGAACGUCGAUUGUCUGCGACUGGAAGUCGUGUGCGUGCCGGAUCAUCGUUCACGCCGACGUCUUUGUCACUCCUGGCCCAACGUAUGGCGAACAUUGGUGAUGAAAUGGAAACUAGUCAUUUAGCGCGACCCGCCGGUACCCUGUGGAAUUCUUUGCGCAGAGCGACUCAUACGGCCCAUUCAGUCUGGAGCUUAUCGUCAAAUCUCGUUUCUCUGGUGACCUCCCCGCUGGAAUGUAUGAACAGAAUUUUUCAGUUUGCAAGCCGGUCGACCGCGUCCUCGAUAACAAGUGCAUCUGUGCGCGCAACCAACUUCCACACCAUUCAAUACGGACGGCGAAGAACAGCUACGUAUACCGCUGGAACCAGUAAUGGUCAUCAAAGACACUCUGCUUCGUAUCGACUUAAUAUCGACCCUGGUAGUUUGAUUUCGCCCCAUAUGCAUCCAGCGACCACAUCAACCACUAUGCGGUUGCCGAUUCAAGCUUCCACACCCCGCCAUAGGCUACACAUCUCUACUGACACGGCAGUCUCCAGUCCCCACUCACUAAACCUCCCGCGCCCUGAUGAUUCUAAUAUGGAUGAAGAGGUAUUCAUCUUCGAUCACGAAUAGGGGAUCGGUUUAUCACAGUCCACUCUUCCAUAUGUCCAGUUUCCACCUUGUCAUCCCAAGACAUUGUUUAUACGCGCGUUCUUAUUAAUAUUACUAUUAUUAUUACUGGUACACUGCUAUUUUCACACACCCAUGUAGUUUCACCUUAACCCUCGAACUACCCCUCAUUGCUCAGUGCCGCUCUACUUGCAGUCUGUGCCUUUGACGCUCCCAGGAACAUCAUCCUGUUGUCGCGCACUGAUGAUACCAGCAACACGCACUCUGAAACACUUCCUUCAUGAUUAUUACGUACGUUCAAGGUUACCGAAUUGACCAACAAGUGCCCUUUGCCCAUGUGGUUAGGUUUUCAUUGAUUUUAGGCAUGAAUUGUUUAUUACGAGCCAAUUCCAUCCUAUCUUUUUCUUAAACACUCACAACAAUAAGCCAA